GGAAAUGGAUGCUCGGCGGGUCCGCCCACGCGGGGGGCGGGGAAAGCGCUCGCUGAGCCGCGCUCGAGCCCCGCCCGGGACCCGGCGGGAGCGCGGGGCGGACUUUUUCGUCCCUCACUAGCGCUGGGCUGAGCCCGCGGCGGAGGCAACGGAGUCGUUUCUGAGUUCCCCGCUCGGUUUCGGGGCGGCAGCGGCCGGAGGAGGAAUAUGGCGCUCGUAGGCAGCCGAGCGGAGCUGGAAGCCGACGAGGACAUCUUUGAGGAUGCCUUGGAAACCAUCUCUAUAUCUCGCUCAGAUAUGGCAACAAGCGGCCUUCACUUCACGCCGUGUGAUACAAAACAGCCAUCCAGACAUCGAGGAGCAUCUGCCGUGCGCAGUUCAUCAUCAGCCAAGGUGGAUCUCAAGAGUGGCCUAGAAGAAUGUGCUGUGGCAUUGAACUUAUUUUUAAGUAACAAAUUUACAGACGCCUUAGAAUUGCUUCGUCCAUGGGCUAAGGAGAGUAUGUACCAUGCCCUGGGCUACAGUACCAUUGUGGUGUUGCAGGCCGUCAUGACCUUUGAGCAACAGGACAUCCAAAACGGCAUUUCUGCCAUGAAGGAUGCUUUACAAACCUGCCAAAAAUUUAGGAAAAAAUUCACGGUUGUAGAAUCUUUCUCAAGUCUUCUUUCUAGAGGAUCACUGGAACAGCUGAGUGAAGAGGAAAUGCAUGCCGAAAUCUGUUAUGCCGAGUGUCUCCUGCAGAAAGCAGCACUCACGUUUGUGCAGGAUGAAAAUAUGAUCAACUUCAUCAAAGGUGGACUCAAAAUUAGAACAAGUUACCAAAUAUAUAAAGAAUGUCUUUCAAUCCUGCAUGAAAUUCAGAAGAACAAACUCGAGCAGGAAUUCUUCUAUGAGUUUGAAGGGGGUGUCAAGCUUGGCACUGGGGCCUUUAAUUUGAUGCUGUCCCUUUUACCAGCAAGGAUAAUCAGACUACUAGAAUUUAUUGGAUUUUCUGGAAACAGGGAGCUGGGCCUCCUGCAGUUACGGGAAGGUGCGUCAGGAAAAAGCAUGAGGUCUCCACUGUGCUGCUUAACCAUCCUGGCUUUUCAUACUUAUAUCUCCCUGAUACUCGGGACAGGAGAAGUGAAUGUUGGGGAAGCAGAGAGCCUCCUUGCACCCUUCCUGCAACAGUUUCCAAAUGGCUCACUCAUGCUGUUUUAUCAUGCCCGAAUAGAGCUGCUAAAAGGGAAUAUUGAAGAGGCACAAGAGAUAUUUCGAAAAUGCAUUUCAGUUCAAGAAGAAUGGAAACAGUUUCACCAUCUCUGUUACUGGGAGCUAAUGUGGAUUUAUGUAUACCAACAAAACUGGAUGCAGGCGUAUUACUAUUCAGAUCUGCUUUGCAAAGAGAGUAAAUGGUCCAAGGCAACAUAUGUGUUCUUGAAAGCUGCAAUUUUGAGUAUGCUUCCAGAGGAGGAUGUAUUAGCAACUAAUGAGAAUGUGGUAAUGUUAUUCAGACAGGUGGACGGCUUGAAGCAGAGGAUUGCUGGUAAAUCACUCCCUACCGAGAAGUUUGCUGUGAGGAAGGCUCGACGCUACUCUGCCUCCUUGCCUGUGCCUGUGAAGCUUGUCUUGCCUGCCCUGGAAAUGAUGUAUGUCUGGAAUGGUUUUUCAAUAGUGAGCAAAAGAAAAGACCUUUCUGAAAAUCUGUUGGUAACUGUUGAAAAGGCUGAGGCAGCUUUGCAAAAUGAAAACUUUCAUGACUUCUCCGUGGAUGACGAGUGCUUAGUAAAGUUACUUAAAGGAUGCUGCCUCAAGAACUUACAGCGGCCCUUGCAAGCCGAGCUAUGUUUUAAUCACAUUGUAGAAAGUGAAAAGCUACUGAGGUAUGAUCACUACCUAGUACCAUUCACUCUGUUUGAGUUGGCAUUUUUGUAUAAAAGCCAAGGGGAAAUUGACAAAGCUAUAAAGGUCCUAGAAACCGCAAGAAACAACUACAAAGAUUACUCCUUGGAGUCCAGACUACACUUCAGAAUUCAGGCAGCUCUUCACCUCUGGAAAAAACCUUCCUCAGAUUGAGCAGAACAUGAAGGAUGGAAUUUUUCCCUCAAUUAGCAUCGGCAUCUGCUGUAUAUUAGACCUUAUGUUAAAGUGGAAAAUGAUCUUGUGAAUAAGAGACAAAAAACUAUUUAGUUGUCAAUAUUUUCUAUCAUCUGAGUAGUUUACUGUCAGUCUACAUAAUUUUUUUUCCUAUGGAAUGAUGUUCACUACUAUCUAGAAAAUUCUUAUAUUUUGCCUCUCCAAAAACAAUUUCAUAUUAGAUUUGAAUUGGUGGGGGGUGAAAAAGUCUUUUAAGAGACUUAAAGGUACAAUAAAGUCCUAAUUAGAUUAUUUAUUUUUUUAAUGUGAAAUUAAUAUUUAAGUAGCACAUAGCUUACAAGUUGAAUCAGUUUUAGAUUAGUUGGUCAUUUAAACUUCAGAGAUAUUUUGUUGCCUAGUAUUUAUAUUUCAAAGGGGAAAUAAACAUCACUUAAUUUGAAAUAGCUUGACAAUGACCUUCUGAAGACUUCUGAAAAAGGCAGAGGGCAUGAACAGGGAUGUGAUAAUGUACUUUGUAGGUUGAAAAGACCUGUAUCUAUAAACAGUGAUGAAAUAUUAA